CUUUGACUCAUUAUAAAGUGUGCCUCUCGCUGCCCAGGGUCCGGAUUGUGCUGGAGAGCUUCGAGGAGCCCGGCAGAAAGAGACCCGCCUCGGAAGGGAGAAGAGACCCGGCGGAGGGCGACCGUGAGGCUCCACUGCUACUCCCUUGUCAGUUUCCUCGGAGCGGACCCCUCUUUCCUUCCAAUCGACUUCGUCCAGAGGCGAAGAGUCUCCAACGGGACUUCGGGGCGCGCUGAAAGCGACUGAACCGCGAAGGGGGACAAAAACAUGACACUGCUUCUGAGAUGUCAUUUCCUGCUCUUGGCUUUUAGCACUUGUUUCAUCCUUACUGUUCGGGCAGAAUGUAGCAAGGACUGUGCAUCUUGUAUUCACCGUUUAGCAUAUCAUGCCAAUAUCAACCCCCUGGCAUGUACCUUGGAAUGUGAAGGAAAGCUGCCUUCUGCCAAAGCCUGGGAAACCUGCAAGGAACUCCUUCAACUGACUAAACUGGAUCUUUCCCAGGAAGGUAAUGGUGUCAUAGGGGACAACACAAAACAGGAUGAGAGUCAUUUGCUAGCCAAAAAGUAUGGUGGGUUCAUGAAACGCUAUGGGGGAUUCAUGAAAAAGAUGGAUGAGCUUUAUGAUAUAGAACCAGAAGAGGACUUUAGUAGAGCUGGAAUUGUUGCUAAAAGAUAUGGAGGGUUUAUGAAGAAGGACUCAGAUGAUGAUACCUUGGCUAAUUCCUCUGACCUGCUGAAGGAGCUUCUUGAAACAGGAGAAAAUGCUGAACCCGGGCGUUAUCGGAGCUUGAGUGAUAAUGAUGGUGAAAUUAUCAAAAGAUAUGGGGGCUUUAUGAAAAGCAUAAAGCGCAGUCCCGAAUCUGAAGAUGAUGCCAAAGAGCUGCAAAAGAGAUAUGGUGGCUUCAUGAGAAGAGUAGGAAGACCAGAGUGGUGGCAAGACUACCAGAAACGAUACGGUGGAUUUCUUAAGCGCUUCGCUGAUUCAAUUCUUCCUUCAGAAGAAGAUGGAGAAAGUUACUCCAAAGAGGUGCCAGAGAUGGAGAAGAGAUACGGUGGAUUUAUGAGAUUUUAAUACCCUCCCUUUUGUCUUUUUGUCACAGAUCAAAGACUGCCUCAUUCAUCAUAAUUUAUUGUAAUGUGUUGUUUGUACUGUACAGUUUUUUACUGUCCUAGGUAACAAUGCAACCUGCUGUCUGUUAUUUCAGGUUUUGUGAACUUUUAAAUCAAUGAAUUAGUCCAAUUUGUGUGUGUUGUACUGUUAUUCAUGCUAAAUCUGUUUACGUUACCACACUCAUUUCUUUAAAACAAUGCAAUUGCUUAACUGUAUAUAUAAUAAAUUGUUCAUCUUAUCUGCAUAAUCUAUCCCGAAGUACUUCUGCCGCAAUCACUUAUACAAAGACGAGUUCUUCAAUGGAGUUUUUCUGUGAAUAUGAAAUAUGUGCAUCUUAUUUAUUUAUUGAAUGUGUGUCCUGCUUUUUCCAAAGAGGUAUUCAGGCUAUCAAAGAAUAGGAAAUGAAAUUCAGUCUUUCUCUCCCUCCCACCUUGCCAUAUUUUUCUUAUCCAAUUAUAUGUAUAUCAAUAAUAUUUAUAUAUUUUUCAUCUCAGUGAAACUUUUAAAGUCAAAAUAACUACUUACAAUAAACAUUUAAUUUACAGGUAUACAGAUAAAGCAGCUACCAAUAGGCUAAUGGACUGUCAAGUUUGGUGUAAUGCAUAUCGAUAAAUAGAUUAUUUUCAUUAUCAUUUCAAAGAAUAACAAUGUUAGCCUGGAAUAUCAAUAUGCAAAGGGAUCUUGUAACACCUUGGAGACUGAGAGAAUGAAGUUAGUAGCAACAAUUGUGUAGACUAUCACAGGAAACAGGCAAUCUAUGAAAGUUAAUGACAUAACUUUGAUCUCUAAAGUGCUUCAACUUACUUUUGAACUGACCAAACAAUAACUUUUACAGGACCAUAUGGAUUCUGUUUUUAAAAUAUAUUAAAAACUCAGUUUGUAAAGAUGCUAAGAGACAUUUCCUAAGCUUGUUGCCAACAUGUUCAGUUCAAUUCUGUUGCAAUAUUAUAAAACACGUGGAUUUGCAUUCCUCUAGAAUCUUGACAUACUGUGCUUGCAUAGCAAUGGUUCUGUUGAAAUAAAGUCCUUGGAUCCUGA